AUGACUAAUAUAACUACAACCGGUGUCACCUUAAACAUCAAAUCCUGCAGAACCAAGUUUGCUCAUAGAUUUGUUCGAUCCCUCUUGCAAAUCAGAAACCAUGCUCCGCCCAGUUCAUCGUCGUCUUCAGAGGAAAAACUGAUCCAAAAGCGCAGGCAAAGAAUAAAGAUAGCAGCUUAUUUAUCCAUGGCUCAUGCUGUUGGGCCAAGGAUGAACUGGAGCAGGGCUCUUCUCUUUAAGCUUCGAAACCGGGCCUGCAGGCACCGUAAGAAGAAAAGGAUUGUUGUGAUCAGAAGGAAGACUAAAAAGGCCUCAAGAUCAUCACAGGGAUCGGUUCCUGUGGAUCAAGCAAAAAAGCUUCGGCGGCUCGUUCCUGGGGCCAAGUCCAUGGAUUUGUGCAGCUUGCUGGAGGAAACUGCUCACUACAUAACAUGCCUUUCCACGCAGAUUAAGGUGAUGCAGGCUUUAGCUGAUCAUCUUUCUAAAUGA